AUGGAGGGGACCCAAGAAGCUCUGAGUGGGAAAAUGCGACUCCUUUUCACCCCUGCUGCUCGGACCAGCCUUAUGAUGCUUAGGCUCAACGAGGCGGCGCUACGGGCACUGCAAGAGUGUCAGCAGCAACAGGUACGGCCUGUGAUCGCUUUCCAAGGCCACCGAGGGUAUCUAAGGCUUCCAGGCCCUGGAUGGUCCUGCCUCUUCUCCUUCAUAGUAUCCCAGUGUGGCCAAGAGGGCACUAGUGGCGGCUUGGAUCUUGUGUACCAACGUUUAGGCAGAUCUGGGCCGAACUGUCUCCACUGCCUGGGCUCACCGAGAGAGCGACUCACUAUUUGGGCAGCCAUGGAUACUAUCCCAGCCCCACUGUUAGCUCAUGAACACCUGACUGAAGAUCCCAGAGAGUCCGAGAGUUGGCAGGACACUGAAGAUGCUCCUGAAGGCCAUCCCCAGAUGGCACUAGAAGAGGUAUCUGACCCACUGGCAAGCAACCACGGACAGUCACUCCCAGGAUCCUCCAGUGAGCCCAUGGCACAAUGGGAAGUGAGGAACCACACCUAUCUUCCAAACAGAGAGCCGGACCAACCACCGCCUUCCCCUGCCAACCGGAAACGCCUGGACAAGAAACGUUCAGCACCUAUAACCACUGAAGAACCAGAGGAAAAGAGGCUCAGAGCUUUGCCUCCUGCCCCAAGUCCACAAGGGCUAUCAAAUCAGGACUCCCAAGAGGGAGGAAACUGGGUGCAAGAUGAAGAUGGAGAUGGCGAUUCCACGCUGGAGCAGAGUCUCUCGGAUCAAGCAGCCUCUGAAUCCCCAAGCCCCAAGGAGGUACCAGAUUAUCUCCUGCAAUACGGAGCCAUCCACAGCACAGAGCAGCAACAGGCCUACGAGCAGGACUUUGAGACAGACUAUGCUGAAUACCGUAUUCUGCAUGCCCGUGUUGGGGCUGCCAGCCAAAGGUUCACAGAGCUGGGGGCGGAGAUCAAAAGACUUGAGCGAGGAACCCCAGAACACAAGGUGCUAGAAGAUAAAAUAGUCCAGGAGUAUAGAAAGUUCAGAAAGCGGUAUCCAAGCUACCAAGAGGAGAAGCAUCGCUGUGAGUACCUGCAUCAGAAAUUGUCCCACAUUAAAGGUCUCAUCCUGGAGUUUGAGGAAAAGAACAGGGGCAGCUGAAACCCUGCAGAGGCCUUUCGAGCCUGUGCCCAGUGAUGAACAACACAGCUCUAAGGUGGAGCAGCACAUCUUUUCUGAUUUUGACCCUUCCAUCCAAGGUGGCAAGCAGAGAGUCAUGCUAGAUUCUUGCAGUUUGGUUUUUGUUAUUGCCGUUAAUUUUGUAGGGUGUGGGCAUGGAGUCAAGUCUCCUCAGCUGUGCCCAGGAGACUAGAAAAGUAGCAGAUGCUUGGCUUCCUCAACACUACUUCAGCUAAGUCAUUUUCAGAUCCUGAAAAAUGACAUUUCCAGACCAACGCACACUUUGAGAAUAUUAGACAAGUGAGUUUAGCUAAGUAGCCUUGCAGGAAGAAAAUGAGAACUUCUGGUGUCACAGCAUACUUCGAUGUAAGGGAAAGGGCUUGGCAUUACUCACAUACUGUAACAUGGCUGAAAAUGAAAACCAAUUGCUUCUGUCCUGUGUGAUCAUUAACCUUAAUCAUCCAAUGCGUGCUGUGUAUGUGACUUUCUCUGAGGCUGAAAGACUGAAUCCCUAUGUUCCAGCCCAAGCGUUAUGGUCAUCUUUACUGUGCUAGAUACAUGCUCCUCCACUAAACAACACUACCUUCCCCCACCCCAACAUGCUCUUAAAACAUUAUGUAAGAUCCAGAUGUACAUUUUGUUAUCAGGCCCUAUCAGAAAGUCACAGGGAAUUAAGGCUAUUUAUCUAGGAUUAUGAGGAAGAGACCUAGUUAGUCAUCCUCAUCAACUUAGACUAUGAAAUCCAAUAUGGACAAGUUCCACAGAGCUG